AGCACCGAACACCCAUAAACUGAGAUGGGAGCUCCCCUUACAGCUGUCACAUAAAAUUAGACCCCCACACAGUCAUACUGCAGCCUCCAGCAGGACAGGACAGCUGAGGCAAAUCCUGCAGGAGAUGGACCCCAGCUACAGAACCAGUCUUUACUUUGGAAGUUGUACAAGAUGCAGUAAAGCAGUGUACGGAGCAGGGAGAGGCUGCCGGGCGAUGGGACAUUUAUUCCACGACACAUGUUUCACCUGCAGCGUUUGCAGUAAAAAGCUGAGUGGCCAACCAUUCUACACAGUGUCGGGAGGAAUCUACUGUGAAAAUGACUUUUUGUACUCAGGAGUUCAUCCGGCCCCAGAGGUGUGUAACAGCUGUGGGUCUUUAAUCAUGGAUAAUAUGGUCCUGCAGGCCCGUGGGAGGUCCUACCAUCCGUCCUGCUUCCGCUGCGUGGUCUGCAGCCGGAGCCUGGAGGGUCAGCCCUUCUCUGUGGACGCAGACAGCCGGGUUUACUGUGUCAGCGACUACCACAGGCUCCGGGCCCCCUGCUGUGCCGCCUGCAGAACACCGAUACUGCCAACUGAGGGGUCUACAGAGUCUGUAAGAGUGGUGUCACUAAGCAGAAGUUACCAUGUCGAGUGUUACAGUGGUGACGUGAGCCUCAUCUAAGGACAGAAUCCGGCUGACGCACAUCUCCCUGCUGCUCUUUGUUUGUACAUGUAUAUAGUUUAUUUAUGAGUUCAUUCCUCAGUAAGUGGUUACACCAUUUGUGGUCUGCAAUAAAAAAUCCCCAGAAAAAAGAC